GCUACCUCCCGCCGCUGGCGGCGCCUCUCAAGAAUAACCCCCGCUGCUUCAGCGGCGACGCGGGUGGGGAUGACAAAAAACCGUCCAUGUGGCAACAUACUAUUGGCCGGUGUACCGCUGAUCUGGUACACCGGGUGUAGCUUUCGGAGAUUCUGAGACGGGGUUGUGGAUCGCGAUGGGUUACACUCUUCCGAAGGAUUCUCUUUUCCUUGGAUUUGACUGCUCUACCCAGUCACUAAAGGCAACAGUGCUGGAUGCCAACCUUGUUAUUGUUGCUUCAGAAUUUGUCCAUUUUGAUUCUGAAUUGCCACGCUACAACACCAAAGAUGGGGUCUACAGAGACCCCAUGGUCGAUGGUAGGAUUGUUUCCCCUACCUUGAUGUGGGUGGAGGCUCUGGACCUCUUACUUGAAAAAUUAGAAGCAAAAGUGGACUACAGAAAAGUUGCAGCCAUUUCAGGGAGUGCACAGCAACAUGGCACUGUGUACUGGAAGAAGGGCAGUAAAGCCAUGUUGGCCUCUUUGGACCCUUGUAAACCUUUGGUAACUCAUGUUGGCGAUGCUUUCUCUCUGAAGGACUCACCAAUAUGGAUGGAUUGUAGCACCACAUCACAGUGCAGAGAAAUAGAAAAUGCUGUGGGUGGCGCAUUCGAGUUAUCAAAACUUACUGGGUCUUGUGCUCAUGAGAGAUAUCCAGGACCUCAGAUUCGGAAAAUAUUUGAAACACAACCAGAUGUUUACAAUGACACUGAGAGGAUCUCACUUGUUAGUUCCUUCAUGGCCUCUCUUCUUAUUGGAGGCCAUGCCAGCAUUGAUGAGACGGAUGGAGCAGGGAUGAACCUGAUGGAUAUUAAACGACGUGUCUGGUCUAAGAUUGCAUUGGAGGCAACAGCACCAGGUUUAGAAGAAAAACUUGGGAAAUUGGCACCAGCUCAUGCAGUUGCUGGUCUGAUAGCUCCUUAUUUUGUUGAGAGGUUCCAGUUUAAAGACAGCUGUCUAAUUAUUCAGUGGUCUGGGGAUAAUCCUAAUAGUUUGGCAGGUUUGGCUCUCCAUUCUCCUGGUGAUAUGGCAAUCAGUCUUGGAACCAGUGAUACAGUCUUUGGGAUAACUAGUGAGCCUCAACCAAGCCUAGAAGGACAUGUUUUCCCUAAUCCUGUUGAUCCAACGUAUUAUAUGGUAAUGCUGGUCUACAAAAAUGGUUCUCUAACUCGAGAAGAUGUGCGCAAUCAGUAUGCAGAGCACUCUUGGGAUGUUUUCAACAAGUAUCUAGAAAAAACACCUCCUCUAAAUGGUGGAAAGUUAGGAUUCUUCUACAAAGAGCACGAAAUAUUGCCUCCCCUGCCGGUUGGGUGCCACCGAUAUGUUCUGGAAAACUUAAGUUGUGACUCACUAGGUGAAAUAAAAGAGCAUGAGGUGCAGGAGUUUGAUCCUCCUUCUGAGGUGCGUGCCAUCAUAGAAGGCCAAUUUCUCUCAAUGCGUGGUCAUGCAGAAAGGAUUGGUAUGCCAACUCCCAAGCGGAUAAUAGCAACUGGUGGGGCAUCAUCAAAUGCAUGCAUACUUAAAGAGAUUGCAAAUAUUUUUGGCUGUCCUGUUUAUACAGUCCAAAGACCUGAUUCUGCUUCUCUGGGUGCUGCGUUGAGGGCAGCUCAUGGGUGGUUGUGCAAUAAAGAAAGUGUUUUUGUUCCCAUCUCAUGCAUGUACGAGGACAAGCUGGAUAAAACAUCGCUCAGUGCAAAACUUGCAAUCCCUGCUGGAGACAGAGAGCUUAUAUCCAAGUAUACAUUGCUGAUGAAAAAGAGAAUGCAGAUUGAGAGAAAUCUUGUUGAUACGUUUGGGCGCAUUUAGGCCAGCUACUGAAAAUUGAUGCAGCGCAUCAGCGAUCUUAUAAACUUACACAAUGAUAAAGUUUAUUCCAGAAUAAAAUAUGCCCCAUUUUAAAUGCA